GGCUUGUAUGAAAGUUCAUCAUCACUCUGAUGAAUAAUUGAAGUCCAUAUACAUAUAUAACCAAAAAGACAGCCCGUCUACUUUCAGCUUAUCUCCUCGAUUGUCUAUAUUUCCUCAAUUUAUUUUUCAUUUAAGACGUUCUCGGUUUGUCCAGAUAUAUAAUAUUGUGUUUACAUUCCUGCAAUGUUUUUUCUUUCAAAAGAUUUCAAUUUGGUUAUUAUCAUGCUGUCAAUUAAAAGUUUUAAUAAAAUCAAAUAUGAUUUAUUACAGGUUUUUAACACCAGCCCAGAUGAGACUGCAUAUUUCAGAAUGAUCCUAUAUCGGGAAAAUGUUGCCAAUUCAGUUGUCAUGAUUCAGCCUUCGUUGAUCUCAUACUCAUUUCAUUCAGGCCCAGAAGCAGCACUUCUUGAUGUUGCUGCCAUUGCAGCUGACAGGAUUUUACUUUUGGAUUCUUAUUUUUCUGUUGUGAUUUCUCAUGGCUCAAUUAUUGCUCAGUGGCGAAAAGCUGGAUAUCAUAAUAUGCCUGAACAUCAGGCAUUUGCCCAGUUGCUGCAAGCUCCUCAUGUUGAUGCAGAUGCAAUAGUGAAGGAAAGAUUUCCGGUUCCUCGCUUAGUGGUUUGUGAUCAGUAUGGUUCUCAGCUUGAUGCAUUUUUGUGCAAGGCUCGGUUUCUUUUGGCGAAACAGAAUCCGUCGGCUACAUACAACAAUGACACUCCUCUACCUGGCGUCGAUGUCAUCUUUACGGACGAUGUGAGUUUUGAAGUCUUCUUGGAUCAUCUCCAGAGAUUAGCAGUUCAAUAAAAACACGUGAGGAUGUCUAUGCAGUUUUGUAAAAUUCUUUUCGUUUUUUAUUUUUUGGCUGUACAGUUAUGCAUCUGACUGCUUCCUAUUAUUUACUAGCAUUGUUUUU